GCCGAUCAAACCAAAACAUUUAACUCUGAUGAACAAUCGUGCUCAAGGCGCCGUGCGUGUCGUUAUCGCUGGUGCUGGUAUCGCUGGAAUUUCAGCCGCGGUUGCGCUAAAGGAGCAGCUCGGCUUCACCAAUUUUACUAUUUAUGAACAGGGAGAGGAUGUAGGGGGCACCUGGAGAGACAACACUUACCCUGGUUGUUCAUGCGAUAUAGCCGCGCACUGGUACAGCCUGUCGACGGAACUGAAUCCCAACUGGCCUACAUAUUACGUCCCUCAGAUCGAAAUCCAUCUUUACUGGAAACGGGUCUUUUCUAAGCACAACCUCGGCGCCAACACCAAGUUCCGCACAAAACUCCAUUCUGCGACCUGGAAUGAGGAACGACAGCAGUAUAAUAUCAUCCUCAAGGACAUGCAUACAGGUGAAGAGAGCCAUUCCACCGCCGACGUCCUGUUCUGCGCCAUGGGCGGAUUUUCCGCGCCUCUAUAUCCGAAGGAUAUCUCCGGCAGGGACACCUUCAAAGGCCAGCUGUGGCAUUCCGCAGAAUGGAGGCACGACGUCGAAUUGCGAGGGAAACGAGUGGGCGUUAUCGGGAAUGGUGCUUCUGCCGUUCAGUUUAUCCCUGAAAUAUCUAGGGACCCAUCUGUGGAAGUCGUCAACUUUUGUAGGACACCGAAUUGGUUCGUUCCUAGAAGACACCUGCAAUAUCCCGAGUGGGUGAAAUGGACAUUCGCGAAUAUACCUUUUGUCAUGAGAUGGUACAGAAAUUAUAUCAUGGCUAGAGCAGAUACCAGCUUCCUCAUUUUCAACAAGCAGAACACCCGGAUUGUCAGUUUUGCACGACAGCGACUGGAAAAAUACAUAACCCACAAAGCCCCGAAGGACGAGCUCGAGAAGCUCAUACCGAAAUACUUACCCGGGUGCAAGAGAGUCAUCGUCGAUUCCGACUAUCUUACGUGUCUCAAGCAACCCAAUGUGUCACUCAACUGGGGCACCAUCGAAUCCGUUGUCGAGGAAGGCGUCAAGCUGAAGAACGGAGAAGUGAUUCCAUUGGACGUCCUGAUUUUCGGGACGGGGUACUCUCUGGAGCCGACCGAUCUACGGGUCAGAGGUCGAUCGACGACGAUACAUCAGUACUUCAAGACGCAUGGCGGUCCUACAGCUGUGUACGGCAUGUCUAUCCCCGGCUUUCCCAACGUCUUCGUCCUACUGGGUCCCAACACUGCUGUCGGACACGCGUCAGUUGUGUUCUCCGAAGAGGCGCAGGUGCAGUACGCUAUACAGAUGAUCAAACCCAUCAUCGACGGUCGAGUGAAGUCCUUCGAUAUCAAAGAGGACGUCUGCAGCACAUACAACUCGUGGCUCCAGCUUCGGCUUGCCUCCUCCGUCUGGACGGACUGCCGUUCGUAUUACCACGUUAACAGAGACGACCACUCGAAGAUCUCUGCUGUGUUCCCCGGUCCUGUGUCGCUCUUUUGGUGGAUGACACGCAGGCCGCGAUGGGAUCAUUGGAAUGUGGUGGGUGCUAAGACGGAGGAUCUUCAUAGGCACUACGGUCAGGGUGCCAUUAUGGGACUCGUCUCGUUGCUGGUGAGCCUCGGAGUGGCCUUUGCGUUCUCGAUACCUCAGGGUCUCUUGUAAUGUGUUAUUCUGGCAAAUAGUUGAUAUGUGUCACACUGGUAUAGCAUUCUGGUAUUGCACUUGAUAAAGGCAGUUUAAACGUUUUCUUCACUGUUUCGUCUGCUUGGUUCCUCUCUCACCGUCCUUUCUUCCUCCCCGUCUAUGUCCAUGUCAUGAUGCGCUCCGUGGCUCAGAAUAUUAUCAUCGUUACCCGUGGAAACGUUCUCUGCCUUUUCCGUAUCCGAGUCCCCGUUCUUCUUAGUUUCCUUCUCACCUUGCGGGGCGCCUUUUACCGUCGCUCGCUUCAAGCUGUACUUUCGUAUACCAAAUGC